CUACUACUGAGUCAUGGCAAGCUGUUUAGGGUCGUGGUCAGUGCGAGCCAGGAUCCAGUGACGCGUUCAAGACCCAACAGAGAUACGCGAAGCUUUCCAAAGAGGAAUAUGCCGGCAUUCGAACAUCGAGAUGGCAAUGAAAGAGACCUACGUGGAACGGGCCAAAUGGACAACAUUGACCGUUUAGGAAGUUUGGCUCGCUAUCGCUUCCAUAUGCAACAGCAAAAUGCUGGACGAGUAUACUCGAUUCUCAACAACCCACCCAAGAGUGGCUGCAAGCGGCCAGGCGCUCCAUCCUUACGAGAACACGGAAUUUCCAUGGCAGGAUAUCGUCUAUACCCAUUCAUGCAUCUCGAUGGCACUAGAUGGAAUAUUGGUCCUCGUCCCAAUCGCGCAUCGCAGUAUGAUUAUCUGUUCUUGAACAUGCUGAGGGGUGCACAUCCACGAUCUCUUCGAGUUCCUAGCCUCAACCUUUAUCAAAUUCCCCAUGUCUACGCAGCCAGGUGCCAUACAUGUAAAUCGCGAAAAGAAAAUUAGGCGUAGAAGUCCAAAGUACUCAGAAUAGUCCUGAACGGACAUUUAGACUACGACGUAUAAAAUACGUAUUGAGCGCGCGGUAUCUUCAUAGCGCUGCCCACAUUGUCAAAGCGUCUCACGUAGAUCCAUGCUAGCGUUGUCCUCGUAUACAGAUAUACGUCCUCGCGCUGUUGACAUGAUGAUAAAAUCUCCAUGAUAUAUAGUCAGUCGAAGGCCUGUGGCACAGGCUUACAAUGGAAGCGCCUGGCUCGUUUGUCCCCAGCUGGCAAAUGUGAAUUACCGUACAUGCUGGACAUUUGCGAGCUGCGCCGUGACGCUGUGAACCUUAAGCUUAGCGUGAGCGGCGUGGGCGGAUACUAAGGGAUGGAAUAUAUAUGUAUCUUGAUCUAUGCCGGCGCAACGAAAUUUCCAGAUUCUUUUUCUGCCCCCUCUCUGCGUUUAACGAACUUUUCCGCUCGGUGUACACGAAGAAUCGAGUUUUUUUUUUUUUCUUUUUUUUUUUCCGUUGCUCUCGAAGACUCGGGUUCUCGAAUGUCAGCCUCGCAAUGCUCCUAGCCUCCCCGCAAGCGUGCCUUGGUGGACGGCGUAGUCACGGGCUGGACCUAUUCGUGAUAAGCGUUAUGACAAUCAGCUUUGCGACGUUGGUUCUGAAGCUGGUUUUCGCGGGGCAGGCAAGUUGGAACAACUGCAAGUAUAAGCUCGAGUGGCUGGACUCC